UGAGAAAGCAACAACACCAGGAAGCAGUUUAACACGUAGUAGGCGACUGCACGACGAGCCUUUCGUCUUUUGACUGUUUGAAAGUUGUAUAAAUUCAUCCACCGCUUGAUUUUUGUUGUGGAUUCAGGCCAACUUGCUGUCAUGCCUUAUUAAAGGCUAUGUGUGAAGCUGUUUAAUCAUACACUCAACACCGAUUAGGCAGUUACGUUAAGAAGAGCAACAUGGAGUUCCGGGCAGAGGAGGACUAUGGAGUGGACACGAACAGUGACGAGUACGUGCUCCUCCAGGCCUACUGCACCAGGAGGUCCAGGCACAAGCCAAAGUCUUUCAUGAGGGCUGAGGGCUCUUUGCCACCACUUGCCCCUGGGCCAUCCUUACUGGGAGAAAGAGGUAAAGGCAUACGUUUUGAAGGUCUAAUGAGACCGCCUUCAGGGCCUUAUAAAGUAACGCAGAGGGCAUAUGCUGAAUCAGGGGCUAGAGAAACCAUCUUUAAGAAGAAGCCCGUGGCAAUAUUCGAGUGUGCAUCCGGUGCCGAUAUACAACCCGGUUCUUCUGGUUCUGGUGCAGCAGACGAAGGCCGGGGUCUCACUGCUGUGGCUGACAGGCUGACUGAGAUAGCAGACGAUGUCAAUGUGCAGAUUAGAGAACCGAGCAGUUUAGAACCAGACUCCCCUGAGAACCCAGAGGAUGUGAUUCAGAAACUGGUGGAGCUUCUGAAGAAUUCUGGAGACCAGCUGAAUGAGGAGGUAAUGCAUGUGUGUGAACGUGUAUCGGUAAGUGUUUCUGUGUGUGUGUGUGUGUGUGUGUCUGUUGGUGUGUUAAAUGGUAACACAGAACUACAUUUAAAACCCCUCCAUGCAUUUGAAAUGGGAGCACCUCCCUGGCAGAUCCAGAGGAACCAGGCCAUGCAGACCUACCUCCAGAGCACCUUCACCUACGCUCUGUUUGAGCAGGUGACCUCUAGGGUUCAGGAGGUAGUGAGCGGGGGAAGCGGCGGCCGGACGGCCCAGGCCCGGGACCGGCUGGAGAGGCAGCAGAUCGCCGUAGCCUUCGAGGUGACCAGCAGGCUGUCAGCGGUCGACCUGCUGCCCAUGAGUAGGGCCAUGGGCUACGGCACUCACUACGUCCAGAUACACCACUCCUCCUGGGUGAAGCAGCGCGGAGGCUGGAAAAAAGUAUUUGAAUCCGAAGACAUUGAUUAACACUUGCAAAGAACUGCCACAGCCCGCAGAUCACCAUGGUUACACCUUCACAUCAAAGCAGGAUUUAGGCAACAGGUUUUGCAGGAUUACAGCAUCUUUAAUAUUUUGACAUUUUAUUAAUUUAGACCAAUUAUUACCAGCAGCAAUAACAGUUCAGAAGAGGCGAUGCAGGGAUUUGUAUUUUUAAAUGACUAAAUAUGAAUUAUUGUCUUACUGUUUUGAAUGAAGAGUGGUUUGUUUAACAUAAAACAUUUAAUUAUAUUUUUGCUUUGAAAUGAUAUGUAUUACAAAUGCAUACAAAUAAAAGCAUGCAAUCUACUAAA